AUUCACAAAGCCAACAGCAGUGAGCUGGAACAACAGUGUUCGAUUCCCCGAAAGGACUAUCAAUAUCAAUAAAAUACAAAGAAAUCAUUUUCCUCCCCCCCAAAUCAACUUGACCCGUUCCGGAAAAACAAUCAUCAAAAAUGUGCGCGAAAUUCGUUUGUGUUGUGCUCGUGGCCAGCUUUGUGUGCGGUGCUUUGGCUCUGCCAUCGCAGGAUAAUAGCGAAAAGGAUUUAGUGAAUAUGCUGAAUAAAUUGGAUAAUGAAGAUUCAGUAUCAUUGUUUGGUGGCCUGCGCAUUGAUCGUACCGAAACAGGACGUAGCUUUGGCGCCAGCAAGGCUGUUGAAUCGUUUGAGGAUCGUGCUGAACGUUAUUUGGAAACCCAUGAACUGAACCUUUCGUUCUCUGGUGAUGAGCAGGAUGAGAAUACCGAGAAUGUUUACAGUGGACGUGCCAUGGAGGAAUCGCGCAGCAAGCGCAUGAAGAAAAUGCUGUUGCCACUGCUGUUGGCUUUGAAAUUGAAGAAGGCUGUGGUCAUCAAGGUUCUGUUCACCAUCAUCAAGUUCAUUUCCCUCAAGGCUCUGGCCAUCUCUUUCCUUGCCCUCAUUUUGGCUGGUGCCACCUUCUUCAAGGAUUUGUUGGCUAAGAAGAAGGAUCACAUCACCACUGCCUACAUCACUGGCAGCCCAUUGAAUGCCGAUAUUGUGCACUCCGACUGGAGCCGAAAUGGUCAAGCUGCUGCCGCCGACUUAGCCUACAACCACUACGGUUUGGCUCAACCCUUCUAAGCAACAAUAGAAAUCAACUCCAUUCAUUCGACCUUAUUCUCUUCUAUCUCUUUGCUUCUUCUACUUUGACUUUCCUUUCCACCCAGCCGACUCUUUCCUUUCUACAUUUCCCUUUCAAAGACUUUACCAAGAAGAAUGGCUUAAUUCGUUGUAGUCAAUAAUUAUUUAGUUGUAUUUAGUUAGUUAGCUGCGACAUACCAAAAAAAAAAAAAAAAAUGACAACCAACGGCCACCCCGACGAACCCAACCGACGACUUGGAUAGCUCAGGACAAUGCAUAUCGAAUAAUCUAAUCAUAUUUUGCGCCAUAUUUAUUGUACCAUCCACAAUCCACAAUUUCUAGCAGACUCAAUAUCACGUAACACACUCAGGUUCAUUAAAUUAUGUCUGCUAAAUGAAAGAGUACUUAUUUACUAAGUAUUUAUUAUGAUAUUUUUAAUAGCAAUUGAAUAAAAAUGAUUCAUGAAAAGAAAA